UAUUUGGACCGCGUUGAGAAUCGGAGGCGCAGUUCAUUAGCGCCCAAUGACGUAUCAGCCUGCGACGGUGAGCUGAAGGACCCGCGGUGUGACCACGCACGAGCCAAACUCACCGUAACAUCAGAGGCAGAGAUGUUUGGUCUUUUCGCAGUAAACUGCGUGUUAUUUGUGUGAAGCAGCGCCAUUUUUUCAUUAAACCGAACAGGUACAGUACUGACGCUCCUGUUCGUCACACAGAGAUGUCGAGUUUUGGUGGUGAUCCAAACUUCUGCUCAGAAUGUGGGAAUGUUCUCCCUCUUCCUGGACUACAGGACACAGUGCGCUGCCCCCGCUGCUCCUUCUGCAUCCCUGUAGCAGAGUUCUCAGGCCAGGAGAUCCGCUCUACGGUCAUAUUCAACCCAGAGAAGCAAUCGUCAGUGGCUCUGGAGGACGAGGAGGGGUCUGAGCUGAAGGGACCUGUGAUUGACAGACGCUGCUCUCGAUGCAAUAAAGAGGGCAUGGUUUACCACACCAGGCAGAUGAGAUCUGCAGAUGAAGGACAGACUGUCUUCUUCACCUGUAUACACUGCAGGUAUCAAGAGAAGGAGGACUCCUGAGAAGAAGUCCAACUCCCCCUCUCCAUUCGUCUCCAUGCUUCUGUGCUCAUGUCUACCAGUGUUGGCGUCAGAUGGUUGGAGGCUCUCCCAGCACAUAGAUUUACAAUCACUGGGCCCUUCACCUUUGGUUUAUCUAAUGACUCUGUGCACUUCAGAGUAUCUCACUUCCUGUUCUUGAAUAAUUAGUUUUCACACCUUGAAAACAUAGGAUUAACGCAGGGUCUACAUGCUUACUGGACAUGUAGUUGGUGAGAGCUGGGUGAGCGAUCCAGCAAACCAAAAGGAGCUGAAAAAGAAUGUGUAGCAUUUGUUCUGGGCACUAGAUGCCCUCCCAGUGGCACACAGCAAUGUUUUUUGAUAAACCAUGUCACAGAUUUUUAGAGAAGAAGUCUGAUGUGGAGCAUGUCAAAUCCACACACUUUAUCAACAUUUUAAGAUUCAUAUAUUACCAUUUCUAUCGCCUGUAAUUUUUCAUCCUAAAACUAUCAGUAUUUUCUGAAUAAAGUGUGUUUAAUGGAUGAAUGGCAUGAUUGAGUGAGCCGUAAGUCUUAAUGUAUUAACUGGGGGGAAAAAAUGGGAGUAA